CUGAUAGUGACCCCACCGGGAGUGUGCGGGGGCGGGGGUGGUUUGGGCGGCGGGACUGGCGCGGCUCUCACCAUGUCGCGACGUAUCGCAUCCGCACGCGGCUCCCGCGACGAGCCCCCGCCUUCCACCUGGCGCUCCUCUGUGCGUGUGCGCGACACCGGUUUUCGAGGUUCCCGCAAAAGCGUCGUUCGCCUAGAACCACCCUGUAAUGGCCUCAACGGGUUGCCCGCCAUCGGCAAGGAGGUGUUGUCACUUGGCGCGACAGGCGGUCACAAGGGGACCACACAACCAUCGCACCCCUGGACAAUCCUCCACCAUUCUCCUUACAAGGCCGCUUGGGAUUGGUUGAUUCUAAUAUUGGUUAUCUACACGGCGAUAUUUACACCGUACGUGGCUGCAUUUCAAUUGAACGAGCCCGAUUUUGACAAAAGAUCGCGCAGCUUCGGCGAAGAUCCUAUCGUCGUGAUUGAUAUGAUAGUGGACGUGACGUUUAUAAUAGAUAUCCUUAUAAAUUUUCGUACAACAUACGUCAACGCGGCAGAUGAAGUGGAAUCGGAUCCGGCGAAGAUUGCUAUGCACUACUUGCGCGGAUGGUUCAUCAUCGACCUCGUCGCCGCCAUUCCCUUCGACCUGCUCCUCUUCGGCACCAAUACCGACGAAACGACGACGCUCAUCGGCUUGUUGAAAACAGCACGACUGUUGCGGCUCGUUCGUGUUGCACGUAAAAUUGAUAGAUACUCUGAAUAUGGCACUGCCGUCCUACUCCUCCUUAUGGCCACAUUCGUCCUUUUUGCCCAUUGGCUCGCGUGUAUAUGGUACGCAAUCGGAAACUGGGAAAGACCUCAACUACAAGCUCCUAUUGGCUGGUUGGAUGCUCUUGCUAAUGAUGUACAGGCAUCAUACGAUAAUUCUACAGGACCGUCGAUGAGGUCACGUUACAUCACAGCUCUGUAUUUUACUUGCACCUCUCUAACCAGUGUGGGUUUUGGUAACGUGGCGCCUAACACCGAUAUGGAAAAAGGAUUUACGAUAUUUGUCAUGCUUCUUGGAUCGCUUAUGUACGCUAGUAUUUUUGGUAAUGUUUCUGCAAUAAUACAACGCCUGUACUCUGGCACAGCACGCUAUCAUACGCAAAUAUUGAGAGUACGGGAGUUUAUUCGCUUUCACCAGAUCGCAAAUCCUUUACGGCAAAGAUUGGAGGAAUAUUUCCAACACGCAUGGAGUUAUACGAACGGGAUCGAUACCUCUAGUGUACUAAAAGGCUUUCCUGAAUGCCUUCAAGCUGACAUCUGCCUGCACCUUAAUCGCAAUUUACUAGCGAACUGUGCUGCUUUCGAAGGUGCUAGCCCUGGUUGUUUAAGAGCGCUUUCGUUGAGAUUUAAAACAACUCAUGCGCCUCCUGGAGAGACUCUUGUCCAUCGAGGCGAUGUCUUAACAUCCCUUUAUUUCAUUUCACGUGGAUCGAUAGAAAUUUUAAAGGAUGAUAUCGUUAUGGCCAUCUUAGGUAAAGAUGAUAUAUUUGGCGAAAAUCCUUGUAUUCAUUCGAAUGUGGGCCGAAGCAACUGUCGAGUACGCGCCCUAACAUACUGUGAUCUACACCGCGUGCAUCGUGACGACUUGCUGGACGUCCUCGAUAUCUACCCUGAGUUUCGUUCGUCCUUUGUCAACAACCUCGAGAUAACAUAUAACAUGCGGGAUGAGGAGUUGGGGGGUAUUGAACCUCGUCGUCGGAUGCGCUACGAGAACCCAUACGACGCUCGGUUACUGCGCGAGGCCUACGCUCGCACGACUCGUAGGCCGCACACCGAAACCUUUGCUGACAAAGAUUCACAGUGCAGCGACGAAGAUACGGAAUCACCCGCCAGUCGAGGUAUACUCGAAUUUUCUGCAGACAAAGCCGGACAAGACGUCACGCCCCUUAACUUUAAUUUUAGCAAGCAACGCUCCACUACGCUCAAUUCCAUAACGGGCAUGCUAGCGCAACUUAAACGGAGCUUCCCAGACCUCUACCACCAUAAAACGCAUCAGCCGCUACACAACAAAUACUCCCAAUCUACCCCUCAAACUUACCGGGGUAGAGCGAGUGUAAGGCGUCAAUCGUCAGUAGGUCCUCUCAAUGACACGUCGCCAUUGACUGGUGGCGCUGCCGCCGAGGAACCGGCGGUGAGCAUGCCGGCGCACAGCGCCACAUUGCCCGUGUCCAGUCUCAGUACCAAUCCGAGUUCGUACUACACCAACGCGUCGCCGAGCCCGCCCGCCGCGCCGCCCGCCCCCGUCCACGUUUCCUGCGAUGACAUUCUAGCACCGUCAAUACAACCGACUGCUACGCGCACUCCCUCGUGCCGAUCAGCUCCUCAUUCGGCUGUUAACUUGCAACAAGCCGGACGCCCUACAGCUUUACCCUUCACUGCCGAAAAAACUCAAAAUACCUCUACAAUACAGGACGCUAUGUCACCUCAAUAUCAAAAUGUGGGUGCGGCGGCAACGACGGCAUCCGUUGCUACAGUUUUGACGAGACUAGAAGAACUCAGUAGACGAGUAGCGUUGCUCGAAAAUGGACUUACAACGGAUGUCCGUCGCAUUCUACAACUUCUUCAAGCUCGAGAGCCGGUCGCGACUCAUAACUCGCAACCGGCCCACACUCCUUCGCAGCCGUUACCGAAAGCAUCACUUUCUGUGCCUCAGAAUGACAAUCAAUGGGAGUGGAAUUGGAAUGGCGAGCGCGAGCAAUCCGCGGGGCGGAACGGGCGCGGGGAGCGCGCGCCGGGCGUGCAGCGGUCGGCCUCCGAGCCGCACGCGCCCGUUCCACCCACUCUGCCGCCGCCGCCGCACUCGCACUCUUUCUACAGGUACGGAUAA